AUGGCCUUCUCGUGCCGGAUCUUCCCCAUCACACGCCACGCCUUCAUCUUCCUCGGUCUUGAUCUUAUCGCCGGCGAUGACACCGACCGCUUCAGCCACCGAUGCUCCGUUGUCUUCGCUCUCUGCGGCAGUUUCUGCCACAUCGGCAAGGGUGUCCAACACGAGGCUCGCGAUACCGCUCGUGGCGCAGGCAAAGCAUCAACACUUGAUAUUCGCCAGUCUGAUCUUGCACAAGCACAGGGCUGGGACCGUCCAUUUGAUGCUGACGGAUUUCAGGUGUCGCCGCUGAACUCACCGACAGGGCGACGAUCUGGCUGGGCAUCUUAG